AUGAAAGCUCAAUCUGUGCAUACAAUCAAGAAGAAUCCUGAUAAAUCCAAGCAUUUGGAAACUUGUACAACCAAGCUUUUCGGGUUGGACAUUGAUUUUGUUAAUCUUCGAUCCGAGAAGUACACGGCAGAUAGCAGAGUUCCAGUAAUAGAGUGUGGGACUGCCGAGGAAGAUGCUCUUCGUCGUGAUGCUACUCUUAACGCUUUGUUCUAUAAUUUAAACCAGGAUAAAAUCGAGGACUUCACAGGAAAGGGACUCGAUGACUUGCGCAAUGGCAUAUUGAGAACACCGCUAGCCCCAUAUCAGACUUUUCUAGAUGACCCAUUGCGAGUGUUGCGUCUUAUUCGUUUUUCAAGCACAUUCGAUUUCCAAAUUGAAUCAAAUACAAUCGAAGCGAUGACUACCGACGAAAUCAAACAAGCUUUGAUCCACAAGAUCAGCAGAGAAAGAGUGGGAGUCGAGUUGGAUAAAAUACUCAUGGGUAAUAACCCCAUUUACGGCCUUCGAUUGAUAAGCCAUGUGGGGCUCACAAAUAGCAUAUUUAAUGUUGGCACUCUUGAGAACACCAUCAACGAAAUCAACCAACCAGCUCAUUUGGAUGUUGUCAAACAGCGCUCUGCAUUGAUAGAUGGCCAGAUUUCGGCAAUGUCUACAUCUUUCAAAGUUUUCACUACAUUAAUCGAUAAGAACUAUCAGAGUCUACAAAAAGUGCUCACUAGUGUCUUGCUGGAUACGCAUCUACAAAAAUUAUUCUACUUGAGUACGGUUCUACUUCCCUAUGAAAAUGCAGUCUUAAGAGCAAAUCCCAAGCGUGCAGCAGAAUCAGCAGUUCCCGAAUUGAUCUUGAAAGAGGGAUUGAGGCUAGGAAAGCACGAUUUUGAGCCGGUAUCGACGAUUGUCAAAGAGCAUAAGUUGGCCAUUACUGCAUUUCAAGCUUUCUUUGACAGCCACACCAUAAAGAGGUCUGAACUAGGAACGAUCUUGGCUAAGUACAAAGCACAUUCGUCCUUGAGUGUCUUGGUCUACGCAUUUGCAGAGUUAUUGCAAAAUCCGGAAUUCAAGGCACCCGUUCUGAUCGAACCGCAUCCUCAAGUCCUAAAUUUGGCAGAGCAGCUUUUAUCUCAAAGCCAUUAUUCCCUCUCCAAAUAUGAGAACUUAAUGAGAUACAUAGAGAACGAGUCAUUAUGGGACGUUCAUAAUGUUAAACCGUUGGUCGAUGGAAAGACUCUUUCCAAGGAAUUGAACAAGAAACCCGGACCUUGGAUGGGAGAAGUUACGAACAUGAUUUUAGUAUGGCAGCUUGACCACCCACUGGGAACAAAAGAAGAAUGUAUAGAGUUUAUCAAGAGCCAAAUAUAA